AUGUCAAUGGUGAAAAAAAUUCUACUUGAUAUUUUACUUCCAAAUGGUUGUGUCAUUAUUGUAGAAUGCGAAGAGGAUAUGAUAUUAGAUAAGAUAAAACAAAAUACAUUAUCAUGUAUUCAACGUCAAACACCAUUUAAUAAUUUAGUUCAUGAUCAAAAAAAUUAUUAUUUAGAAUCUGUAACAUCAAGUGCACAAAUUAUUCCAUUGUAUGAUGAACAAAUUAAACUUAAUGAAUUGAAUCAAUCCUGGAAUACCACAGAUGAAAUUCUUCCAUGGGAAUCUUAUUUACAAAUAGGUGAUAUUCGACGACCUCUUGGUCUUACACUUAAUCGAUCUUCAUUAGCUCAUCGUCAUUUUGCUACUGGAUAUCUUUGUCUUCAUUCAUUUAUGUAUGAUGAAGCUAAAGAAGCUUUUGAUUUGGCUAUUAAUCUUACUUCUACAUUUAUUGAAGCUCAUAUUGGUAAAAUGCUCAGUUGUAAACAAGCAUUAUGGUCAAAUAGGGAUCUUGGUUGUGGUCAAGCAGUAUACAAAGCAACUCCAAGUUUAACUAAUACAAGUUUUCAACAAGAACUUUUCUCUACUGUUUAUCAAUGGUAUGCCGAUAACCAAAAUAUAACAGCCGGUGAAGAUGCAUUUCUAAUAUCGAUACGUAAUUUAUCUCUAAAAUAUUCAAAUGAAACUGAUAUUCGUGUAUUAUGGGGUCUUUCACUUCUUAAUGUUGCUAAUCAAGUUCGAUAUCAAUCACAAAUAGAACCACCGGAAAUGAUAGAAGCAAGAAAUAUAUUAAAAGGUGCACUAAACAAUGAACCAAAUCAUCCAGGUAUACUUCAUUAUCUUAUACAUGCAUAUGAUGUUGCUCUUGUGAAUGUAUCUGAACAAGCUCGAGAAUAUGCAGAUCAAUAUGGAAAAAUUGCAAUAACAUCAUCACAUGCACAACAUAUGCCUUCUCAUAUUUGGAUUCGAAUAGGUUCAUGGAAUCGUGCUUUAUCAGCUGAUGAACAAAGUAUUAUUGUUAGUUUAAGAUUAUGUGCAAAGAAAAUAUUAGCUCUUAAUUUAUCGAUUUAUUCAAUACAACUUGAACAGAUUUGGGAUUUACUUAAUACUACUCAACAAAAAUUACUUAUUCAAUGUGAUAGAGAAAAUCGAGGUCAUUCUAUGGAAUGGCUUUCAUAUUCUCGUUUACAAACAGGUAAUUGGUUAGGUAGUCUUGAUCUAUUACGGGAUUUAUAUUUUGCUAAUAAUCAAUCCAAUCAAACAAUGAAUUACUAUUUACCAUUUGCUUAUCGAAUACAAACUCGUAUGAUUAUUGAAGUAUUUUAUUGGUUUCCUUAUAAUUCAGAAUUUCAAAAUAAAAUACAACAAUUAUUAGCAAUUAAUGGAACACAAAACAUGAUUUCAAUUGGUGAAAAUGCUAAACGAUGGUAUUCAAUAUGGGCUGAAGCUGGUUUUCGAUUUAGUGAAUGUCUUCGAUUAUUAAUUACUAUUAAUAACAAUAAUAUCACAUUCAAAAUAGAUGAACAUAUUGCUCGUUUAAAUAAUCUUUCUAAUAGUGCAAGUUCAUUAUCUCCAUAUGUAUCAACUAGUAUUUCAAUAAUGAUACUUCAAAUUCGUGGAAUUCGUUAUUAUAUUAAUCAAUCAUGGCAAGAAUGUUUAAAUGAAUUAAAUAAUGCUGUUAAACGUGAAUCAACUCUUGUAUCGGGUACUGAUAGUCCUAGUUUAAUAUUUAUACGUGCAUCAGAAUUACUUGCAAUACAUUUAUUACUUAUUCAUAAAAAAUAUGAACAAGGUUUAAUUAAUGGAAAUUAUAUAUUAAAGAGUAAAGUAAUAUCUAUUGUUGAUUUUCCAUCACAAGCAUUAGAUCUUUUUAAAAAAACUAAUGAAACAGCACCUAAUCGAGCUAUUAAUAUUGUUGGUAUGGCUCGAGCUUAUGUUGAAUUAGGUAAUAUUAAUGAAGCAGUACAACUCUAUAAAUUAUUACUUACUCAAAUGAGUUUAUCCAAUAAUACUGAUUUAAUAUUGUUUCAAGAAGCAAAUAAUUUUAUUGCACAAAAUUUAAUACAAUUUAAUUCUGCAACUAAUUAUUUUUCUUUAAAUUUUCUUUUGCUUUCUGUAUUUUUUAUAAUUAAUCAAUAA